AUGGAGAAACUCAAAAAAGUCUCAUCAUUCAGACUUUCCUCCCUCCUUCGCCUCCAGAAGGACCCCAAGCUAGCCCUCCAGCUCUUCCUCAACCCAAACCCCAAUGACCCAAACCCGAAACCCUUCCGGUACUCUCUCCUCUCAUACGACCUUAUAAUCUCCAAGCUCGGCAGAGCCAGAAUGCUCUCUGAAAUGGAAAAUAUCGUCGAAAAAUUGAAAUCUGACACCCGAAUAAUCACAAAGGAAAUCAUUCUUUGUAACAUCAUCACAUUUUAUGGUCGAGCCCGCUUGCCGCAUAAAGCCCUCAAGGUAUUCGAAGAAAUGCCCGCGUUUCGAUGCCAAAGAACGAUGAAAUCUGUGAAUACUGUUUUGAAUAGUCUUCUUAUUUGUCGGCAGUUCGAGAAAAUGUGGGAAUUGUUUAUGGAGAUUGAAAAAUACGGGAGUCCGGAUGCUUGUACGUAUAAUAUAUUGAUCAAUGCGCGUCGUGUAAAGGGUGAUGUAGAGGGAGCACUUAAUAUGUUUGAUGAAAUGAUAAAAAGAGGAGUGGAACCAAAUGUGGUAACAUUCGGAACUGUAAUUAGUGGCUAUUGCGCUAAGUUAGAAUUAAAUAAGGCUUUUCGGUUGAAGAAGAAGAUGGAGGGGGAUUUUAAAAUCAAACCUAAUGCUCACAUUUAUACCGCAUUGAUUAAAGGGCUUUGUAAGGUUGACGAGUUGGACAAGGCUAUUAAGCUUAAGGAGGAGAUGUCGAGGAAGAAAGUGGAAUUGGAUCCCGCAAUAUAUUCCACCUUGAUUAAUCAAUUUUUUAAGGCUGGUCGGAAGGCGGAGGUUUCUGAAUUGUUAGAGGAAAUGGGGAAAGUUGGGUGUAAGCUUGAUACAGUAACAUAUAAUGCUCUGAUAUGUGGGUUUUGUCAGGAGAAGGAGUUUGAUUCAGCUUUUGGGGUUUUGAAUGACAUGGAGAAAAAUGGAUGUAAGCCUGAUGUGAUUAGUUAUAAUGUUAUUAUUAGUGGUCUCUGUAGGGAAGGGAAAACAAGAGAAGCACACGACUUAUUGGAAGAUAUGCCAAGACGAAAAUGCCUCCCAGACGUGGUAACUUACAGGAUACUUUUUGAUGGGCUUUGUGACCAAAUGCAUUUAAAGGAAGGGGCAGGUAUAUUGGAUGAGAUGCUUUUUAAAGGAUAUGUCCCUCGUUCUUCUAGUGUAAGCAAAUUUGUGGGUGAAUUGGUACGAGGCCAUAAAACGGAAAUAUUAUGGACAGUUUUAAAUAGUCUGGCGAAAAGAAAUGCAAUCGAUUCAGAUAUAUGGAGAUUCGUUAUUUCUCUAGUCUGCAAGGAGGCUACCACUGUGAUGCAACUGAGAUCAUUAGUAACCUGA